AUGGGAGAGAAUCCUCCUCAACCAUUGUUAAGAGACUGUGACCACCCCAACGCAUUCCAACUUCGGAGUGGCAUACGUCUUCCCACCACAAAUGCAAACAACUUUGAAAUUUCACCUCAACUCAUCCGUAUGAUUCAAAGCGAUCAAUUCGGAGGUAGUCCUCAUGAGUGUCCUUUUGCUCAUUUGGACAACUUUCUUGAGUUGUGUACAACCAUCAAGCAAAACAACAUUUCGGAAGAGUUCAUCCGUAUGCACAUGUUUCAAUUCUCCCUCCGUGAUAAAGCAAAACAUUGGUUGAGAACGGUCGAAGAGGGAUCAUUGAGUACAUGGGACGAAGUCACUAGAGCCUUUCUUGGAAAGUAUUGUCCUCCGGAAAAGACCGCCGAAUUAAGAAGAAAGAUCACCAAUUUCAAUCAAGACAUUGAUGAAACAUUGAGUGAAGCUUGGGAGCGUUUCAAAGAUUACACAAGGAAAUGCCCCCACCAUGGUUUUACAUCAUGGAUCAUUGUACAAAGCUUCUAUGACAGUCUUACUCCUAUUUCAAGGGCCAACCUUGAUUCCGGGGCCGGUGGUAGCCUCAAAAAGCUAUCAGUGGACGAUGCAUACAAGAUGAUUGAAGAAGUGGCCAAGAAUUAUGCAUAUGGAGGUGAUAGAAGGCAACCUCAAACAAAGAAGGGCGGAAUUCAUGAUCUUAGUUCAAUAGAUCUUAUUGCAUCAAAGUUUGAUAUGCUAGCUCACAAGCUAGAUCAAGCCACCCUCACACCCUCAAGCUCUUCCUCGCAAGUCAUGUCUUGUGAGACUUGUGGAGGAAAUGAUCACUUGUCCUCUUAUUGCAACUCAACGAAUCAAGAGAAAGCGGCGGCAAUUGGGCAAAGGAAUGAACAAUACUCCCAAUCCCACAAUCAAAGUUGGAAGCCCCAACAAAACACGGGAUGGAAGCAAUACAACCAAGGCCCCCCACAAAAUAACUACAACCAAAAUCAAACCCAACCUCAAAACCACUACAACCAACCUCAAUCUCAAAACCAACAAGCUCCAUACCGCCAUCCCAACCAAAGGGAUCAAAACCACCAAAGAUCACAAUAUAACCAACCCGCUCCUCCUCCUCCACCUCCUCAAAAGACUAGCCUUGAGUCCGUUCUUGAAACUUUCAUGACUCAACAAAUAAGGAACAAUGCGGAGAUGAAUGCAAACAUCCAACAACUCCAAGCACAUAAUAAGAUAAUGGAGGGCCAAUUAGCUCAAAUUGCACAACAAGUUGGAAGUUCAUCCUCCAAUCCUAGUGGUCACUUUCCAAGCUCAACGGUAGUGAACCCAAAGGAGCAAGCUAAGGCUAUCACUUUGAGAUCGGGAAGGGGUUAUGAGGGCCCGGUUAUGAGUGAAGAGGAGCCACAAAAGAGAGAUGAGGGAGUUUUGGUGAGAAGUGAGGAUGAUUUUGAAAAUGAAGUAGUUGAAGUUGAGAGAAAAGAGCAAAAGAGUGAUGAGGGAGCCACAAAGAAAGACGAGGGAGAUGAAGAAAGAAUAGAAAAGCCCCCUAUGAGAGUAUAUAAGCCCCCCAUUCCGUUUCCUCAUAGAAUUGUAGAGAAGAAGUUGAAUGAGAAGUUUUCAAAAUUUCUUGAAGUCAUGAGAGGACUUCAAGGGAACAUCCCCUUUCUUCAUGCUAUGUCACAAAUGCCUACCAAUGCAAAAAUUUUGAAGGAUCUUCUAUCCAACAAGAGUAGGUUUGAAGAGAGUGCAACCAUCUCUCUUCCUAGGAGGUGA